UUGCACACGAUGACUCGUUGUAUAUAAGUCGGGCUUCGGCACACGCUCUGACAACUAGUUAUCAGACAUACUUUGUACAGUACGGAGAUAAACGUUAUCAAGACGAUUGCAACAAUUCAAAAUGCCAUGCUCGAAGGUAACUAUAAAAAAGAACCGCAAAUGCGCCGAAUUGUGCGAGAAAAACAAUUGCAUUUGUAUUCCAACUAAUGGUAAAUCCUGCAUCUGCUUGUGUCAAAACGACGAGGGCGAUAUCAUGAGAUGCGACGAUUGCAAAUGUGAUCAGAGUGGCCAAUGCGAGUGUCAGUGUACUGACAAUAAGUGCACCUGCAUCGAUACCAAGAACAAACCGUGGCUUUGCAUCUGCAAAGACGAUGAAGGCAACAUCAAAAGUUGUGAAGAUUGCUCAUGUAUCAAUGAAAGUAGUGGAAAAAAAUGUGACAAACCCAAAUGCAUUUGCAUCCCAACUUAUGGCAGACAUCGCAUAUGUUUACGCGAGAAUGCCGGGAACAUAGUUCUAUGCAUAGAUACUAAUUGCAUCAGAACUAUGGAAGGUGAAUGUUGUUGUAACGCUCUUAAGUGCGUUACUAUCGAAACUAAAGGAGCAAAUUGCGUUUGCGUCUACUCUGAUGAAAAAGGAGACAUAAAAAUUUGUCAGGAUUGCUCCUGUACUCCACUAAAAGCGGAAAUUGGCGGCAAUUUUAGAUCUGCCAAGGAUGAAUGUGAGCUCCAUAUAUCUAAAGAAGAUACCAAAGCGGUUCCUGGUUACAAAGAUUGUAACGAAAACUUCAUAUACUACAACGUACCGGGCAAUGUUAGAAGAAAGGUUGCUAUUCUGAGAGUUCACGCACCUGAAUGUAUUUGGUUUCCAACAAAAGGAGCAAAUUGCAUCUGUAUUUGCUACGACAAUGGGGGCAGUAUUAAGGUUUGUGAAGAUUGCCAUUGCGAUACAGCAAUUGUUGACGUUCGCAAAUGUGAUAAGGAAGGAUGUGUUUGCGUCUCAACAAAAGACAAAUAUUGCGUUUGUGUAUCUAAGGAAGAUGGUCGAAUAGUUUGUUGUAAUGAUUGCCACUGCAAUAAAAUGGAUAAAUGCGAAUGUAAGUGUGAUCCUAUUAAAUGUAUUUGCAUCCCAACCAAAGGAGCAAGCUGUGUAAGGGUCUUCUGUGAUAAUAAUGGAGAUAUCAAGGCUUGCGAAGAUUGCUUUCGUGUUGCAGAGGAUAAUAAAAUCAAUCCAACUGUUGAAAAAUGCAACAACGAGCGUUGCAUCUGCAUUCCUACCUUUGGUAAACCUGUUAUAUGUGUCACCGAAAAGGAUGGAAAACUCAUGCGAAACAUGAACUGUCUUUGGAAUCAAGAUAUUAUGGACCAUAGCAAAUCAGAAUAUCAUAAAAUAAGAACAUUUCCUAAGAAAUUGCCUGCCAACAAAUGUAUUUGUAUUCGAUUUGAACAUGAAAAUCAUAUUUGUCUUUAUCGCGAUAAUGCGGGUAACGUUAAGAUUUGUGAAGAGUGCCGCCGCAUAGGACCAAAAAUAAUAACUAAGAAAUGCGAAAAAAAGGAAUGUGUUUGCAUUUCUACUGAUGGCAAACCUUGCAUUUGUGUACGUGAAAAUCUUGGGAAAAUUAUACGCUGUGUCAAUUGUCGGUGCGGAGAAAGUGGCAAAUGCGAAUGUCAGUGUAACGAUAAUAAAUACAAAUGUAUCCCCACUAGAGGUACCAGCUGUGUAUGCGUCUGCUGUGAUGAGAAUGGAGACAUCAAGAUUUGCGAAGACUGCUGCUGCACUCCAGUGAAAACCGCAUCUAAUGACACUGCUCAGACUUGCAGCAAGAAGGAAUGUAUUUGCAUCGCAAGUAAUGGCAAAUCUUGCAUCUGUGUGUGCAAGAAAGAUGGAAAGAUCGUUCGCUGUGAUGAUUGCCGCUGCGACAAAAGUGGUAAAUGUGAACCCAAGAGCGACUGCACUGAAUGCGUUUGCAUCCCAACUAAAGGUGCCAGCUGUGUAUGCGUCUGCUGUGAUGAGAAUGGAGAGAUCAUGAUUUGCGAAGACUGCUGCUGCACUCCAGUGAAAACCGCAUGUGACGAGACUGCUAAGACCUGCAGCAAGAAGGAAUGUAUUUGCAUCGCAACUAAUGGCAAAUCUUGCAUCUGUGUGUGCAAGAAAGAUGGAAAGAUCGUUCGCUGUGAUGAUUGCCGCUGCGAUAAAAAUGGUAAAUGUGAACCCAAGAGUGACUGCACUGAAUGCGUUUGCAUCCCAACUAAAGGAGCCAGCUGUGUAUGCGUCUGCUGUGAUGAGAAUGGAUACAUCAAGAUUUGCGAAGACUGCUGCUGCACUCCAGUGAAAACCGCAUCUAAUGACACUGCUCAGACUUGCAGCAAGAAGGAAUGUAUUUGCAUCGCAACUAAUGGCAAAUCUUACAUCUGUGUGUGCAAGAAAGAUGGAAAGAUCGUUCGCUGUGAUGAUUGCCGCUGCGACAAAAAUGGUAAAUGUGAACCCAAGAGUGACUGCACUGAAUGCGUUUGCAUCCCAACUAAAGGAGCCAGCUGUGUAUGCGUCUGCUGGGAUGAGAAUGGAGAGAUCAAGAUUUGCGAAGACUGCUGCUGCACUGAGGAGAAAGCCGCAUGUAAGGACCCUGCCAAGACCUGCAGCAAGAAGGAAUGUAUUUGCAUCGUAGCUAAUGGCAAAUCUUGCAUCUGUGUGUGCAAGAAAGAUGGAAAGAUCGUUCGCUGUGAUGAUUGCCGCUGCGACAAAAAUGGUAAAUGUGAACCCAAGAGUGACUGCACUGAAUGCGUUUGCAUCCCAACUAAAGGAGCCAGCUGUGUAUGCGUCUGCUGUGAUGAGAAUGGAGAGAUCAAGAUUUGCGAAGACUGCUGCUGCACUCCAGUGAAAACCGCAUGUAAGGACCCUGCCAAGACCUGCAGCAAGAAGGAAUGUAUUUGCAUCGCAACUAAUGGCAAAUCUUACAUCUGUGUGUGCAAGAAAGAUGGAAAGAUCGUUCGCUGUGAUGAUUGCCGCUGCGACAAAAAUGGUAAAUGUGAACCCAAGAGUGACUGCACUGAAUGCGUUUGCAUCCCAACUAAAGGAGCCAGCUGUGUAUGCGUCUGCUGUGAUGAGAAUGGAGAGAUCAGGAUUUGCGAAGACUGCUGCUGCACUGAGGAGAAAACCGCAUGUAAGAACCCUGCCAAGACCUGCAGCAAGAAGGAAUGUAUUUGCAUCGCAACUAAUGGCAAAUCUUACGUCUGUGUGUGCAAGAAAGAUGGAAAGAUCGUUCGCUGUGAUGAUUGCCGCUGCGACAAAAAUGGUAAAUGUGAACCCAAGAGUGACUGCACUGAAUGCGUUUGCAUCCCAACUAAAGGAGCCAGCUGUGUAUGCGUCUGCUGUGAUGAGAAUGGAGAGAUCAAGAUUUGCGAAGACUGCUGCUGCACUGAGGAGAAAACCGCAUGUAAGGACCCUGCCAAGACCUGCAGCAAGAAGGAAUGUAUUUGCAUCGCAACUAAUGGCAAAUCUUGCAUCUGUGUGUGCAAGAAAGAUGGAAAGAUCGUUUGCUGUGAUUAUUGCCGCUGCGACAAAAAUGGUAAAUGUGAACCCAAGAGUGACUGCACUGAAUGCGUUUGCAUCCCAACUAAAGGAGCCAGCUGUGUAUGCGUCUGCUGUGAUGAGAAUGGAGAGAUCAAGAUUUGCGAAGAUUGCUGCUGCACUGAGGAGAAAGCCGCAUGUAAGGACCCUGCCAAGACCUGCAGCAAGAAGGAAUGUAUUUGCAUCGUAACUAAUGGCAAAUCUUGCAUCUGCGUGUGCAAGAAAGAUGGAAAGAUCGUUCGCUGUGAUGAUUGCCGCUGCGACAAAAAUGGUAAAUGUGAACCCAAGAGUGACUGCACUGAAUGCGUUUGCAUCCCAACUAAAGGAGCCAGCUGUGUAUGCGUCUGCUGUGAUGAGAAUGGAGAGAUCAAGAUUUGCGAAGACUGCUGCUGCACUGAGGAGAAAACCGCAUGUAAGGACCCUGCCAAGACCUGCAGCAAGAAGGAAUGUAUUUGCAUCGCAACUAAUCGCAAAUCUUGCAUCUGUGUGUGCAAGAAAGAUGGAAAGAUCGUUCGCUGUGAUGAUUGCCGCUGCGACAAAAAUGGUAAAUGUGAACCCAAGAGUGACUGCACUGAAUGCGUUUGCAUCCCAACUAAAGGAGCCAGCUGUGUAUGCGUCUGUUGUGGUGAGAAUGGAGAGAUCAAGAUUUGCGAAGACUGCUGCUGCACUCAGGAGAAAGCCGCAUCUACCGACACUGCUCAGACCUGCAGCAAGAAGGAAUGUAUUUGCAUCGUAACGAAUGGUAAAUCUUGCAUCUGUGUGUGCAAGAAAGAUGGAAAGAUCGUUCGCUGUGAUGAUUGCCGCUGCGACAAAAAUGGUAAAUGUGAGCGCAAGUGUGACUGCACUGAAUGCGUUUGCAUCCCAACUAAAGGAGCCAAUUGUGUAUGCGUCUGUUGUGAUGAGAAUGGAGAGAUCAAGAUUUGCGAAGACUGCUGCUGCACUCAGGAGAAAGCCGCAUCUGCCGACACUGCUCAGACCUGCAGCAAGAAGGAAUGUAUUUGCAUCGUAACGAAUGGUAAAUCUUGCAUCUGUGUGUGCAAGAAAGAUGGAAAGAUCGUUCGCUGUGAUGAUUGCCGCUGCGACAAAAAUGGUAAAUGUGAGCGCAAGUGUGACUGCACUGAAUGCGUUUGCAUCCCAACUAAAGGAGCCAGUUGUGUAUGCGUCUGUUGUGAUGAGAAUGGAGAGAUCAAGAUUUGCGAAGAUUGCUGCUGCACUGAGGAGAAAUCCGCAUGUAAAUACCCUGCGAAGACCUGCAGCAAGAAGGAAUGUAUUUGCAUCGCAACUAAUGGCAAAUCUUGCAUUUGUGUGUGCAAGAAAGAUGGAAAGAUCGUUCGCUGUGAUGAUUGCCGCUGCGACAAAAAUGGUAAAUGUGAACCCAAGAGUGACUGCACUGAAUGCGUUUGCAUCCCAACUAAAGGAGCCAGCUGUGUAUGCGUCUGCUGUGAUGAGAAUGGAGAGAUCAAGAUUUGCGAAGACUGCUGCUGCACUGAGGAGAAAACCGCAUGUAAGGACGCUGCCAAGACCUGCAGCAAGAAGGAAUGUAUUUGCAUCGCAACUAAUGGCAAAUCUUGCAUCUGUGUGUGCAAGAAAGAUGGAAAGAUCGUUCGCUGUGAUGAUUGCCGCUGCGACAAAAAUGGUAAAUGUGAACCCAAGAGUGACUGCACUGAAUGCGUUUGCAUCGCAACUAAAGGUGCCAGCUGUGUAUGCGUUUGCUGCGAUGAGAAUGGAGAGAUCAAGAUUUGCGAAGACUGCUGCUGCACUCCGAAGAAAAUGGAAUCAACGGGCAUUGCCAAAAAAUGCGAUAAAGAUGGAUGCAUUUGUAUUCCAACUAAUGGCAAGUCUUGUAUUUGUUUGUGCAAGAAAAAUGGAAAAAUCUUCCAAUGUGAUGAUUGCUACUGUUGCUGUGAUGAAAAUGGUGCAUGUAAAUGUGAUAAAAUUAAAUGCGUUUGUAUUAAAACUGAAGGCGCGAGCUUCAUAAGAGUCUGUUUCGAUGAAAACGGAAGGAUUGAGGUAUGCAAUGACUGCUUUUGCGAACAAGAAUAUGAAACUUGCAGCAGUGGCACUAAAUGCAGCCGAGAUGGGUGCGUCUGCAUUCCGAGCUUAGGAUUUCCUUACCUCUGCGUACGUGACGUUGGUGGCAAGAUAAGAUACUGCCGAGAGUGUAUCUGCACUAAAUACGGACUUGAGGAAUUUGUAUGUAUCUGUGAUCCGAUUGCCACAACCGAAUAUAGAAGUCGGGUUGUGAAUUCUAAAGUGAAACACAAAGAAGGGCAUCCUCAUGAGUACAUUCCCGAUUGCCCCUGCACUUUACCACCAAAGUUGUAGGAGCAUCGCAAGAUAUAACAACUAGUGAGCAUACACUGUAAUAAUUUGAUAGAAGAAUCAAUAUUCAAUUAUAUCAUUAUAAACUCAAAAUAUUCAUAAAUAACUUUGUAUGCAUUUAAGUAUAUUUAACCAUUUUGAUUAUUGUUAAACGUACGAAUUUAUAAUAACUUUUAAGAUUUUAUAAAAUGUUUUAAAUGUAUCCACUUUUAUUAAGGUCUCUACUACGGUUUCAUUUAUGUAUCUAUUUUUUUAUAUUAAGUCUUUCUAAUGUACUUAUUGGUGUGGACCGAAAUAAACUUUUUAUAAUUAUU